GAUGGGGCCGAGGUUCCGGCGCCCGGCCCCGAGCCGAAGCUUUGGGCGAUGAUUAAGCCGAGGAAAGUUCUUUGCGAGAACGGCCCGGAGAAGAGCGAUGGCACCGAAACACUGCGGAGACGCAUGCGCCGGUGGUACGAGAAGGAGCUGAAGAAGCUUGGAAAUGCGGCUGGUGAAGGGCUCGAGGAAGAGAGCUUGAAGGACAAGCACUGGGUCAUU